GAGCGUGUUUCGCCAGUAAUCACUCGACUUUGCGAGCGCUCGGAUAACGUCCAAAACUUCCGUCGCGUCCACACAUUUCUUAUUACUGAAAAAGUGAUUGAUCGAGAACAGGAAUAAACUCGAAAUGGAGUUCCUGAGCUUCAAUGUCGACAGCAAGAAACUCACUUUGGAAAAAUCCUCGAUUCCAAAACCUGCGGCGAAAGAUGUUUUGAUCAAAGUUUCUUACGCAGGCGUUUGCGGUACUGAUAUUCACAUACUCGAGGGCUCUUUCCCUUGCAAGAAAACAGGCCAGCUGACUCUUGGCCACGAAUUUUCCGGUAUAAUUCAAGAAAUCGGUAGCGAAGUUACGCAUUUAAAGGUCGGCCAAAAAGUCGCUGUGGAUCCUAAUUGCGGCUGCAACAAGUGCGACUAUUGCCACAGAGGAAAAUACCAUUUUUGUGAAAACGGCGGUAUCAACAGCACCGUCGGAAUAUUCCGGGAUGGAGGAUGGGCCACGCAUGCAGUCGUUCCUGACAAUCAGGUUUACGUGAUACCGGAAGGGCUAGGAAUGGAACAGGCAGCUCUGACCGAACCCUUGUCUUGCAUCGCUCAUGGCUGGGACACGAUAAAUCCGGUGGCCGUGGGCACGAAGACUCUCGUGAUAGGUGCCGGAAUAAUCGGUCUUUUGUGGUCGUGCAUCUUACAUCUACACGGACUCAGGAAAUCCGUGGUUAUCAGUGAGCCACAAGAAAAACGAAGAAUGGAGGUGAAAAAAUUAGAUUUAGAUUACGAAGUCAAGAGUCCAACUCAGUUGAAGGGAGAGACGUUCGAUCUUGCUGUGGAUUGCAGUGGAUCAGGUCCGGCGAUGGAGGCUGCAGUUCCACUUCUACGUCGAGGUGGUCGUCUCUGUGUAUUUGGCGUGGCGAAUCCCAACGCGACGUUGACUCUCAAACCGUUUGAGAUUUAUAUGAAGGAACUAACGGUUAUGGGGGUGAAUAUAAAUCCUUUCACGUUCCCAAAAGGUUUGGCCCUCGUCCAAGCGAUGGCCGAUCGUUAUCUCAACUACGAAAAGUUGGGAAUCCGAGUUUACAAACUGUCACAGCACAGAGAAGCCUUGGAAGCCCUGAAAAAUGGCGAAGCGAGCAAAGUCGUUUUCAAGAUGUGAAAACCUCGGUGGGGCAUUGGUUGUUUCAUCACAUUUCCCAAUGACAUCAUAAUUUUCAUGAGUUUCAAAAAUUAAAACGCUCGGCGAAGAGCUCAUCACUCAACGUCGGAUUAUUUUCGUGGCAUUCGAGCUAAUCGCCUAAUUAUCUAAGAGCCUCACUAGGUAAAUAAAUCAUUCGUGACGUCACAUCGAUUCGCAUGAAUGUUUUAACGAAUAACGGGAAACGAAGACCUCACGCCCAGACGUCACUCGACGUGAAAAAAUAUCAAUGUAACUUACAAAAAAUAUGAAUAGCUUUGUGAAUAAACACGAUUUCAAAGUGUGGUUAUCAGCCGA